UGCAGUAAGUGUCAUUUCAAGGAGCUUAUAAACCUGGCGAUCGCCAUGAGGAAACAAAACUGGUCACCCCCAAGGGUCAUUUCCGUCUUCGUAAUCCUUCAACAGCCAAGAUGCAGACUUUCAACCUCAUUGUGCUCUCGUUGGCCACGAUAGCAAGCUUAGGCGCUUGUGCAGUGCUGGAAAAAAGACAGGAGAGCUGUAAUCAGGAUAAUUGCUACCGACAGAUGGAGCAAAAGUUGGACCAAGCUUCCACAUUUUGCCCAACAUUCAUGGCUGGUUCCUCGGCUGCUGCAGCUCUUCCGACUUUCGUUCCAAUGUGCCAGGGUCUACUUGUAACAUCGCGACUUUCUUCAGCCUGUGCUUGUCUGGUCCCAACCACACCAGCUCCGAUCACUGCAACAGCCACCACCACCCCAGCAACGACGGCAGCGCUUCUUGCAUGCGAUCGAGACAACUGCUUCAGACAGCUUCAAGCAAGUUCAUCCCAAGCAUCUGAGUUCUGUCCAACAUAUACACUCGGACCAGCCACUGCUCCAAUCCCAAUUUUCGCCAACAACUGUGGCGGUCUGGCUUCAAGAAUCUCUUCAGCAUGCUCGUGUCUCUAUCCCAAGACUAAUACAAUCCCCAUUGACACCGUCACAUCCCUCACGACAGAAUCAACUUCGGUAACAACGUCCAGCAGUGCCACGGCUUCAGCGACAGCAAUUUCUUGCAGCGACCCACCAGUUCGCAAGGAAUGGAGAAGCUUGUCCACACCUGAGAAAGAUGCAUACAUUGAUGCCGUUCUCUGCUUGACCAACACAGAUGCCAUCUCCAGGAUUUCCGGAAUCGUGAACAGAUAUGAUGAUUUCCAUGCAGUGCACAAUAAUCAAACUCCAAAUAUACAUUGGGUCGGACACUUCAUCCUCUGGCACAGAUACAUCACUGCUGCUUACGAGGCUGCCCUGAGAGACGAAUGCGGAUACACAGGUGGCCAACCUUACUGGGACUGGGCACGAGAUGCAGAUACUGUCGACCCAAACAGCACUGCUAUUUUUGAAACUGACAUUUUUAGUCCCACAGUUGGAUUCGACGGCAACGGGCGCUACAUCAAGGAUACCACUCCCGAACAGAACCCAUUCGGGCUCACUGGGAGGACCGGCGGCGGAUGUGUGACUGAUGGGCCAUUCGCAUACCCAGCUUUCCAAAUCAACUACCCCGGUCCUGCAACGUGCUUGACAAGAGACUUCAUCCCUACAAUUAUGAACACCUUUGCCGCCCAAGAAAAUGUUGACGUUGUGAUGGCUCAGCCUGACUACACUGCAUUUGCUAAGCAGAUCGAAAACGAGCCCAUCUUCUCCAUCCCUAACAUUCAUGGAAGUGGACAUUUUGGUGUUGGUGGCGUCUUAGGGACGAUUGGAAAUGCGUAUAACUCUCCAGGAGACCCAUUGUUCUACUUGCACCAUGUCAACCUCGAUCGUGUACUCACUGAGUGGCAGAACAUUGACCUCGAGCAGCGCUUGAAUGAGGUUGGUGGUCCGAUUAUCCCAUUCGACUAUAGCGGAGAUAAUGUCACCCUUGACUUCACGAUCAACUUGUCGCCUAUUGCUCCAGCGAUCACGCUCAAAGAGGCUUUGAAUGCUCAGGGAGAUACCUUCUGCUACACAUAUGAUACGCUCCUGUGA